AUGGCCAACCUUUACUUCACCCACUCGAGCGCUCCGCUCAAGACGGUGGAAGAGAUUCAGUUCGGAUUGAUGUCUCCCGAAGAGAUCAAGAGCAUGAGUGUCUGCCACAUUGUUUACCCCGAAACGAUGGAAGAGAACAAGACGAAGCCUCGUGAUGGUGGCCUCAACGACCCGCUUCUAGGAUCGAUCGAUCGACAAUUUCGCUGCAAGACCUGCACACAAGCUAUGGGAGAGUGUCCAGGACAUUUCGGCCACAUUGAGCUUGCCAAACCUGUUUACCACCCUGGAUUUAUCAAGAAGGUCAAGAAGAUUCUGGAGAUUGUCUGCCAUAACUGCAGCAAAGUGCUAGCCGAUACUAGAGAUCCCGAGUUCGCUGCAGCUAUUAACACUCGAGAUCCUAAAGUCCGUUUCAGCCGUGUUUGGGAAGUUUGCAAGAAGAGGCGAAGAUGUGAGAACGAAGAGCCCAAGAAAAAGGAUGAGGAAUUCGCACCCGGUCUAAAGACUGGUCCCAUGGAAGGCCACGGUGGUUGCGGUAACAUGCAGCCCAACGUUCGACAAGCCGCUUUGCAACUCAAGGCUGCCUUUGAAGUCUCGGUCGAUGAAGAUGGACAGAAGCUGAAGAAGAAGGAGACGACACCUAUCACACCUGAGAUGGCUCACAGCAUCUUGAGAAGAAUCUCAGAGGAAGACCUUGUCAACAUGGGUCUCAACUCGGAUUACGCUCGCCCUGAAUGGAUGGUUCUCACCGUCCUUCCUGUGCCUCCUCCCCCAGUUCGUCCUAGUAUCUCCAUGGACGGCACCGGAACUGGUAUGCGUAACGAAGAUGAUUUGACUUACAAGCUGGGUGAUAUCAUUCGCGCCAAUGGUAAUGUCAAGCAAGCUAUCCGUGAAGGAUCACCUCAACACAUUGCCCGAGACUUUGAGGAGCUCCUACAAUAUCACGUUGCCACAUACAUGGACAACGAUAUUGCUGGUCAACCUCGUGCUCUUCAAAAGAGUGGCCGACCUGUCAAGGCCAUUCGAGCACGUCUAAAGGGUAAGGAAGGUCGUCUCCGAGGUAACUUGAUGGGUAAGCGUGUGGAUUUCUCUGCACGUACAGUCAUUACAGGUGAUGCCAACCUUUCACUGCAUGAAGUCGGUGUGCCUCGCAGUAUCGCCAGGACUCUAACCUACCCCGAGACUGUCACACCUUACAACAUCGGCAAGCUACAUCAACUUGUUGAGAACGGACCUAAUGAGCAUCCUGGUGCCAAGUAUGUUAUUCGAGCUGAUGGCCAACGAAUUGAUCUGCGACAUCACAGACGUGCUGGUGCCAUUUCUCUGGAGUACGGAUGGAAGGUUGAGCGUCAUUUGAUGACCGGUGAUUACAUUAUCUUUAACCGUCAGCCCUCUCUGCACAAGGAGUCCAUGAUGGGUCAUCGCGUUCGUGUUAUGCCUUACUCCACCUUCCGUCUGAACCUUUCCGUCACUUCUCCUUACAACGCCGAUUUCGAUGGUGACGAGAUGAAUCUUCACGUGCCGCAGUCUGAAGAGACACGUGCCGAGGUCAAGGAGCUCUGUUUGGUCCCUCUAAACAUUGUCUCUCCUCAAAAGAACGGUCCUCUGAUGGGUAUUGUUCAGGACUCUCUUGCUGGAGCCUACAAGCUUUGCCGUCGAGAUGUGUUCCUCACCAAGGAACAGAUCAUGAACUGCAUGCUCUGGGUGCCCAACUGGGAUGGUGUUAUUCCUCAGCCCGCUAUUUAUAAGCCUCGUCCUCGUUGGACUGGUAAGCAGCUUAUCAGCAUGGUUAUUCCUAAGGAGGUCAGUCUCUUUAACGGUACGGACGAUAAUGAGAAUGCCCCUCUUAGGGAUGAGGGUCUUUUGAUUCAGUCCGGUCAACUUAUGUACGGUCUUCUCACAAAGAAGAGCGUUGGUGCUGCUGCUGGUGGUAUCGUUCAUAUCAGUUACAACGAGUUGGGACCUGAGGGAGCUAUGGCUUUCUUGAACGGUGUUCAGCAAGUCGUGACUUACUGGCUUCUGAACAAUGGUCACAGUAUUGGUAUUGGUGACACAAUUCCUGAUGCUGCCACUAUUGCAAAGGUUCAGGCGCAUAUUGAUGAGGAGAAGGCUGAAGUCGCUCGCUUGACAGCGAUGGCCACUGCCAACGAGCUUGAGGCCCUCCCCGGUAUGAAUGUUCGUGCAACUUUCGAGAACAAGGUCUCUAUGGCUCUCAACCAGGCCCGUGACAAGGCUGGUACGACAACACAAAAGAGUUUGAAGGAUUCAAACAACGCUGUUACCAUGGCUUCUUCAGGUUCCAAGGGUUCUUCCAUCAAUAUUUCACAGAUGACUGCUCUUGUCGGUCAGCAAAUUGUUGAAGGCAAACGUAUUCCUUUCGGCUUCAAGUACCGCACCCUGCCUCAUUUCACCAAGGACGAUUACUCACCCGAAGCUCGUGGUUUCGUUGAGAACUCUUACCUUCGUGGUCUUACCCCUAGCGAGUUUUUCUUCCACGCCAUGGCUGGUCGAGAAGGUCUUAUUGAUACUGCGGUCAAGACUGCCGAAACAGGUUACAUUCAGCGACGAUUGGUCAAGGCUCUGGAAGAUCUUUCUGCGCGCUACGAUGGAACUGUUCGAAACUCUUUGGGUGAUAUUGUUCAAUUCCUGUACGGCGAGGAUGGUCUCGAUGCUAUGAUCAUCGAGAAGCAGAAGCUAGGAAUUCUCAACAUGUCGAACAGUGCAUUCGAAAAGAAAUACCGUUUGGAUCUUGCCAACCCUCCUGAUUGGUUUAGGCACGACUACGAAUUCGGUAACGAGUUGACUGGUGACAGAGCCUCCAUGGGCCUUCUCGAUGAGGAAUGGGAGGCUCUGCGAUUUGAUCGCAAAAGGAUUCGCCUCAUCAACCAGUCAAAGGGUAACGAGGAGAUGAUGCAAUUGCCUCUCAAUAUCACUCGUAUCAUUGAGUCUGCCAAGCGUGUAUUCAAUGUCAAGGCCAAUGACCGAAGUAACCUUCGACCCUCGGAUGUUAUCCCCGGAGUGAGGAACAUGUUGGAAAACAUGAAGAUCGUUCGGGGUACUGAUGAGAUUUCAUUGGAGGCUGACGCGAACGCCUCCAUUCUCUUCAAGGCUCUACUCCGUUCCCGACUUGCCUUCAAGGAAGUUGUCAAGGAGCACCGCUUGAACAAGCUGGCUUUCGACUACAUCUUGGGUGAGCUCCAGAACAGAUGGGACCGUGCUUUCGUGAACCCUGGUGAAAUGGUUGGUGUUUUGGCUGCCCAGUCCAUUGGUGAGCCCGCUACCCAGAUGACACUGAACACUUUCCAUUUCGCUGGUGUGUCGUCCAAGAACGUUACUCUUGGUGUGCCGCGUCUCAAGGAAAUUCUUAACCUGGCGAAGAACAUCAAGACUCCCAGUAUGGCUGUGUACCUCAACACACCACUUGCGAGACAAGAGCAGGCCAAGAAACUGCGAAGUAUGGUGGAAUACACCAACCUUCGCUCUGUCACUUCAGUUACUGAGAUCUACUACGAUCCCCAGAUCACGGAAACCAACAUUCCCGAAGAUGUGGAUAUGGUCGAGUCUUACUACAUGAUUCCUGAUGAAACCGUCGAUCCCACCGCCAACCAAUCGCGAUGGCUUCUGCGUAUUACUCUGGACCGACAGAAGCUGCUCGAUAAGGAGAUCAAGAUUGACGAUGUUGCUCAACGUAUCAAGGAGGAGUAUUCCUCUGAUCUGGCCGUCAUCUUCAGUGACAACAACGCCGAUGAGCAAGUCAUCCGUAUUCGAACCAUCCAGACUGGUGCCGACAAGGAAGACGAUGGUGAUGGCUCUCGAAUGGAGGACGAUGUUAUGCUCAAGCGCCUGGAGGCCCAUCUUUUGGAUACCCUUACCCUCCGUGGUGUCCCUGGUAUUGAGCGUGCUUUCUUGACCAAGGGAACCAGACUCACUGAGGGCAAUGACGGUGCAUUGCUUGCAAUCAAGGACGAUCCACGCUGCACACAGUGGUACCUCGAUACCAGUGGCACUGCUCUCCGAGAGGUGUUGGCUGUCGACGGUGUUGAUGCGACACGAACAUACACCAACGAUCUGUACCAGAUUGUUGAGGUCUUCGGCAUUGAAGCUGCUCGUUCCGCUUUGGCGAAGGAGUUGACCAACGUGUUGGCCUUUGACGGUUCUUACGUCAACCAUCGUCAUAUUGCUCUCCUUGUCGAUGUGAUGACAUACAGAGGUGUUAUCUCAGCUGUUACUCGACACGGUAUCAACCGAGCUGACACUGGCGCUCUGAUGCGUUGUUCUUUCGAGGAGACAGUCGAGAUUCUGCUCGAAGCUGCCGCCACAGGUGAACUGGAUGAUUGCCGUGGUAUCUCUGAGAACGUCAUGCUUGGUCAGAUGGCACCUAUGGGCACAGGAAACUUCGAUGUUCUCUUGGAUCCUAAGAUGCUGGAGACUGUUAUCUCUGAUAACUCUCGCAUGGGCUUAAUGGCGGGUAUGCCUACCAAGAGUGGAGACAUUGAAGGAGCUGCUACUCCUUACGACACUGGUUCUCCUAUGGCCGAUUCAGGAUAUCUAAGCCUCAGCUCUCCUGCUGCAGGAAACUUCUCUCCUAUCCAGGGAGCAGGAUCGGAUACACCCCAUAACGGUUUCGAUGGAUAUGCCGGUGGUUACGGUGGCACGACGCCGAUGAGCCCAGGUGGCAGGUUUGGAGCGGCUAGUCCUUUCAGCACUACUUCUCCGACAUCUCCAUUCAGCUACUCACCAGCGUCGCCUAAUGUGGGCUACUCUCCAACUUCACCUAUGAUCGAUGGCGGUAUGGGCAGAUAUGGACCAAGCUCCCCAUCUUUCAGCCCGUCGUCACCCUCAUUCUCGCCCACUUCGCCUAUGAUGCGACCUACUAGCCCGGCCAGCCCCAAUUACAGCCCGACGUCGCCAAGCUACUCUCCUACAUCACCAUCGUCUCCUCGACACUACUCCCCAACAUCACCGGCGCAGUUCAACUCUCCCACCUCCCCCAGCUACUCUCCGGCGAGCCCCAACUACAGCCCGGCAUCACCCAACAUCCACGGAGCCGGACCAACCUCACCCUCCUACUCUCCAGCAUCCCCCUCUUGGUCUCCGACAUCUCCUGAGGCUUACUCUCCAACGAGUCCAAGCUUCCAAAGGAGCCCUGGUGCGCAGCAGUCACCGACUAGCCCAAGCUACUCGCCCACGUCACCUGCUUUCUCUCCUCGCACGCCGGGUCCGGGGACAUCUGGAAACCAAUAG